CAUCAUGCAACCAAUUUUACUUUCGUUCGCCGUUCUAGCCUUGGUAGGAGGUAGCUUGGCCGUAAAACCAUUCAUUUUGGAAAGGUGCAGCGGUGCGAAACCUGGUAUCCCGGUCGACAUCGUGGCCCAAAGAGGAGCUGCUUUAUUCUAUAGUAACGACUACCGAAGGAGACAUGGGGCCCUACCACUCACCGUUGACCCCACGCUUGAAGCCGAAGCUCAAAAACAAGCCGACUACAUGGCAUCCACCGGAACCAUCGUUGGUGGUUGGGUGAAUGGAGAAAAUAUAGCCAGGAUUCCCUGCGAUGAUGCAACCCAACAGAAGUAUCCCACAGAAGCCACAAUUCCGGGUGCCGUUUUUCGCUGGUAUGGACAAAUGAUCCCAUUCCGCUGUCCAAAUCCGGCCCGUUCUCUCGCCAGUUUUGCCGGAAUUGUUUGGAAAGCGACGGAGAAAGUGGGAUUCGGCGCCGCGGUCCGGUCUGACGGAUUCAUUUUCGUCGUGGCAAAGUAUUCUCCACCGUUUAGUGGAGAUCCUGCUGCAAAGAUGCAAAAUGUCCAGUGUGAAGAAGUCGCCUAAUUUUAUGCAACGAAACGAAUUUCAUGAAAAAUUUCAUAUCAGGAAAAAACUAAAUGUAUGUUUAUGGAUUUAUCCGUAAUGUAAAUGUCUAAGUGUGUUCUAGUUGCGUGUCUGAUUGUGAAUAAAUCUUACUGAAAU